AUGUCGUGGAAAGCAAUCGCAAAAGCAGCUCAGGCUGAGGUUUUGGAUUCAAUCCCGACGAAAUGGAGAUUGGAUCUAGACAAGUAUCGCUCGUUGACAGAUGUAACAGGCGUGCCUAGAGCAUGCGGUAUCUUGUCUGAUGCGCAGCUUAACAUCACUGACCUCACGGCCUUGGAGGUAGUGAGGCGCAUUGAGUCUCGUGAAUUAACAGCAGUGCAGGCUUUGGAAGCUUUUGCCGCACGUACCGCUAUUGCCCACCAACUAGUCAAUUGCCUGAUGGACUGGUUCUACGACGACGGUCUUCGCCAAGCUGAAGAACUCGACAAAUUCUUCAAAAGCACAGGAGAAUUAAAGGGCCCAUUGCAUGGAGUUCCCAUUGCUCUCAAGGACUUUCAUUUCGUCAAGGGUCGGCCUACGACUACAGGUUAUGUCUCGAGGAGAAACUUCCGUCCUGAGCAUGAUUCGGCAUUGAUCAAGACGCUUCGUGAUGCCGGAGCUGUCUUUUACUGCAAAACAACCAUGCCUCAGUCCGGUAUGGCCAUAGAGACAGUCAGUAACCUUUGGGGCCGAACGCUCAACCAGUACAACACGGCCUUGUCAGCUGGUGGUAGUUCAGGCGGUGAUGCCGUUCUAGUCGCUCUCAAAGGCACGCCUGUUACUCCAUCAACUGACCUCGGAGGCUCAAUCCGCGUACCAGCGGCAUUCAAUGGGUUGUAUGCAAUCCGCCCUACCUCAGACCGCAUUCCAAAAGGUGGCAUGGAAAAUAUCAACAAUGGCCAGCUCUCCAUUAAGCUAUCUUGCGGCCCUAUUUGCCAUUCUAUGGAGGACCUUGAGGCUUUUACAAAGGUUAUCAAUUCGCAUCCUUCUAAUCAACAUGAUCCCACUUCUGUCCCUGUUCCAUGGAGGAGCUUAAAGCCCUCGGAAGACAAGCUCACAAUUGGGUUGAUGAAGUGGGAUAAGGUGGUGAUGCCUCAUCCACCUGUUCUCAGAGCCCUGGAGCAUACGAAGCGGGCGCUAGAGAACGCUGGACACAAAGUCGUCGAAUUUGAUGUACCCUUCGACUGCUGGGAAGCUAUCCAAUUAACUUUCGACACCUAUUACCAAUCAGGACAUAGCGGAACAUUAUCUGCGCUUGAGUCCACCGGCGAGCCCCUCAUCCCUGCUUUUGAAGACCUGAUAAAGGUUUUUGGCAGUAAAGAACUCAGCGCUGCUGAAUCACUACAGUUGAAUGUCAAGGCCAGAAGCUUCAGAGAAAAGUUCCGCAAAGCAUGGGAUGACACGGCUCAACUUACCGACACGGGCCGUCCUGUCGAUGCUCUGAUCUGCCCGUCAGCUCCUGCAGUGGGAUAUCCCCACGACUUCAAUGUAUACUGGGGAUAUACUUCGCUGUUCAACCUUUUAGACUACCCAUCCGUCAUUCUGCCUGUAAACAACUUUAAGGUCAAUCCUCAGGAGGACCCGGUUGCCUCUGACUACAAGCCGCUGGAAACAAACCCUUACGACAAACCAAACCAUGAACUGUACCAUCCAGAACUUUUCUCAUCUCAACCUUCGACAAUUCAGGUUGUGGGUCGUCCUUUCCAGGAUGAGGAACUUAUUCAAGUAUCUUCGGUUAUGGAUGGUUUACUUCGCGCUAUGUAG